UGGAUGCGAACGACGAUGAUUCACACGCCUUUGGGCUUUGUUUUGCCUGACUGGCCAAUACUAUCAGUUCAGGUGGCUACGCUGAAAAAGAUAUCGAAAGCCACUUCAAUGAUUUUGGGCAUUGGUGCCAUUUGUGCUGUCUGGUUGCGCAAAGUGUUCGUUCGUUCGUUGCUUAUUGUAAACAUGGCAGAAGGCUGGACAGGAAAAAAAUCUUCCUGGGGCCCAUUGGAGUCGCACUCGUUGUCCUCGGUGCCACCGUGUCGUUUUUUUCAACUAGGAAAAUGUAUUUAUGGAGAAAAUUGCAGAUAUCUGCAUGAACUAGAUGCGGAAAUAAAUGAAUCGGACGAUUCGUGUCACAAUGUUAUGGCAGUGAAUUGGGUCAAUGCUCCCGAAUUCAUCCCCUCGGCUACCAUAUAUUCAGCCGCAAACACUCAGUUAGACUUUCCAGCAAUGCAGUCAUUUACUGAAUCAGAUGUUGUCGAGCAGGAAGAAGCUGGACCGAGCAGCCCCCAGUCCUCUGUCAAAUCCUAUGCCAAAGCUGUGGACCCCAACGCUGGCCAGAGUUUCAAGAUUGCUCAGUCAACAUCCGAGCUGUGUCCCUAUUAUUUCAUGGGUUCCUGCCGGUACGGCGAAGAGUGCACAUACAUCCACGGAGAUCUCUGUGAACUUUGCAGCCAGCAUUGUCUUCACCCGACGGAUGAAGCGCAGCGAUUGGAACACAAUCAGAACUGUCUGCUCCAGCACAAAGUAGACAUGGAAAAAUCCUUUGCUGUUGCUCGUUCACGAGACAAGGCCUGCGGCAUUUGCAUGGAGAUCAUUUGGGAGAAAUUGCCGUCCACUAAACAGCGUUUCGGACUGCUCCCAAAUUGUUCGCAUUGUUUUUGUUUGGACUGCAUUCGCAAGUGGCGACAAGAGAAGCAGUUUGAGAACAAGAUCAUUCGAUCUUGCCCCGAAUGCCGAGUCCAAUCAGAUUUCGUGUGUCCCAGUCGCUACUGGUGCGAAACGAAAGAAGAGAAGGAAAAGUUGAUAACCGAUUACAAGAAAGCCUUGAGCAACAAAGCUUGCAAGUACUUUAAUCAAGGUGGCGGUGAAUGUCCGUUUGGAAACCGUUGCUUCUACUUGCACGCGCUGCCCGACGGUACCCGAACGGACGUUGGUCCUCCUCAAGGCAAGCUGCGACGUCGUCGUUUCGGGCAAGACGAGGAAGAGGCGGAAGUCUUCCAGGUCCUGUUGUGGGAUUUCUUGGAAGAGCGUGAGAGCCGCUACGUCCUCCAGUUGGGGCUCGACCUGGACGACCUCGACUUGUACACAUCGGAUUCAGACGAUUAUUAUUCGGAUGAAGCUGACAGUCUCUUUUUCCUCCAGUGAGACGCAACAUAGAAAAAUAAUUCACGUCGAGCCCUGCGUCCCCUCUCUGUCCGUGUGUCUGUGGCUCGUCGGAAACUUCCUGCACCUCGUCAAUCCACGUAAAUACUAUCCAUUAUUUUCUUGUUUUGUUUAUUUCCGUUUUGUUUCGUUUGGUCUUUGUUUGUCUUUUUGUUUUUUUUUCCCACCACACAACAUGAUUUCAAAAAAUGAUUAGGAGAAGAGGACAAAGACUCUUCGCACUCACACAUUUCUCCCCCUCAUGUGGGAUACUUCCUGUCAUGGUUUCGGCCCCGCCCAAUUUCCACUUGCGUCUCUUCAAUUUAGUAGUGGUAAAAAAAAACACCAUAUUCGUUUAGAAGCUAAAAAUCAAUCUACAAAAAAAACUUGUAUGCCUACUGCAAAUGCGCUACCCUUUUUUUCUGUGUUAUCUGUGAUAUAUUCCGUUAAAAGAAAAAAAAAAAAGGCUUGGAAAGGAAACGUGUUGACGAGAUUUUGCUUGCGUGUUUUAAACAAAGAAAAAUUGUAAUUAAGCAAAAGCGUAUGCACAAUCUUCUCGUUUCGUUAGGGACCAUUUUUUUUUUUUUCUGAAAGAAAAAAAAAAUUCUUUUUGAUUCCGCCGGCCGUGAUUUUUCUCUUAAUGCUGUUUUGUUGUAAUUCAUUUUUUUUCCCCUUGUGUGUGUUGAAAUCACGACUAGGGGAAUUCGAAAAAAGUGAGACGUACGAACAAGUUAAAUCCAUUUUUGCGUUUUCGACUCGAUUCCCGACUAUUCCUUUUAGGGGAAUAUAGUCGCAAUGUUCUUUGUUGUUGAUAGCAUCACAUGUAUACGUGGGGGCUAUAUAUUUCGGCUCUCUCUCUCUCUCUCUUCCAGUUCUUGUGUGUGCCGCAUAUAAAAAUACCGAAAUGUGUUGUUGUUUUUUUCUCUUUCAUUUAUGACGGAAAAAAAACAAAAGGUAUCAAAAAAAAAAGUUCAAUUUCUUCUUGUUGGUAACUCUUCUGUAUACGAGAGAGAGAGAGAGAGAGAGAGAGAGAGAGAGAGAGAGAGUUUGUGAGAGGAAAAAAAAACCUUGGGACGUUGUGCACGAUUACCUCGGAGCGGUGGAGAAAUAACAAGAGCAACUAGAACCUAACCAGGCUCGACCAUAAGUCGUUCUUUUACGACGCAACCGAAAAUUAUUAUUAUAGUUGUGCUAUGUUGCUGCUGCUGCCCCAGCGAGCGAAACAGACGACGUAAUCAUUUCGAGUGUUUUCAGAUCUAUUUUUCCCUUUUUUUCUCUUCAAAAAUAAUCUUUGCUUGAAUGGACGGAACAAACAUGUGGAUGAGACACAUUUUUGGAAACCGGCAUCCCGGGGCUGCUGUCUAGUACGACAAGAGAAACCUGAAGUAUGAAACGGGACUUGGAAAAUGAAAUAUUACAAAGGCUAAAUUAUUAUUUGAUGAAAAUAAUAAAAGUAUGUCGUAUAAACCGAGAAAUGAUUCAAAAAGGUUAUCAAGAACUUCAUUUCCAUUCCGGAAUGGAUGCCAAAAAAUUAAGAACCCAACAAUUUCAAAAUACUUUCUCCUUCCAUUUUCUUCUCGCCUUCCAGCCACUCCACGGGAAGGAAAAAAAUAAUAAUUCCCGAUCGCAUUGCAACGAUAUCCAUACGAAAAGGUAUUCCAUUCCGACAUGCAAAUUCUUUUCCGACCACUUGGCUUCACUUCAAACUAAGAAAUUUGGUGGCCGAUCUUCUGUGAUACGGGCGUAGAAUAAAAAAAGUACGAAAGAAAAGGAAAAUCUUCUAAUCAUGGUCAAAGUAUAACUAAACAACUGAAAAUUAUGAAAGAAAAUGGUCCAAAGUAGAAGCUACGUGAAAAUGUUCUCCCAUCUUCUACCCAAGCUUCAACACUCGGGAGAGAAAAGGUAACGGUGUCACACUAUGGAACUCAAGCUUACUACGAUAUUUUUGACAUAUCGACACGACACGCAGACACGUUGAUAUUUUUUAAAAAAGGGUAGCAAAAGCUAAAUUCACAUUAGAAACGUGUAACGAUUAAUAAUGAACUGAUGAAUUAAUAUGUGAUAGAAGGGGAUCUUACUAUGAAACAUUUAUUCUCUUGACUGCUCAAGGCAUCUCCACUUUUGAAUGUACUUUGUUUUUUGUUUUUUUUUUCUUUCUUUACUUCAAGUGAAAAAGAAUUGGGAAAGAGCGACGGUUGGGAGAUGAAGAAAAAAAAAUUUGGCAAAUUAUUCUUGUUUUCUAAGACAGAAUUUAGAUAUUAAACGUCCCGUGAACAAUUAAGAUGCGAGGCUUGUUUAACAAACGACAAGGAUGAGAGGAGGUGCAAGAGAUGAUUAGUGAUUUAUCGCAAUUAUUAUAUGAUGAAGCCUGGUGUGAGACGAAUUUUUUGUACGAUGAAUCCUUUCUUCCGUUAAACGAUGAAUGCCGCCAAAAAGGACGAAAAAAAAGAAUCAAGAGGCGAUUUCGAUGAAAGAGAGACGAGGGAAAACGUGGUAAACGACGAAAUUUUCACGUAAACAAAAC